UCAUUGUCCAUUUGUUCUAUCUUCUAUGCAUGCAAUAGUUGAUUGGGUCUUGAGUUAAUUGUACAGCGAAAAUGGGGUCCGCGAUUUCGAACUCUAGGAUUGGUUUGGUCUUUGCUUUUGGGUUUCUGGUGCUGAUUUGCUUCACUGGGUUUGGGUCUCUUGCUCAACUCAUUCCUCUACAAGAAGUGAAAACUCUUGAAACGAUAUCCCUGAAACUCCAGAAUUCUUUUUGGAACAACAUCAGCCAAAGUUCUUGCCAAGAUGGUGGAUCAAGCUUUAAUAAGAUUAUCACGGACGAGAUUCUAAGCAAUGUCACUUGCGACUGUUCCUUCGCAAACAACACUUGCCACGUCACAAACAUAGUGAUGAAGCGUCUAAAUUUAGCUGGUAUUCUACCAGAGGAAUUUGGAAGUCUUACUCAUCUACAACAACUUGAUCUCGCUCGUAACUACAUCAAUGGAUCCAUUCCUGCAGGCAUGUCUCGCGCCCCUCUUCGGAAUCUGUCUCUUAUAGGAAAUCGACUAAGUGGUUCUAUUCCAAAGGAAAUUGGUGACAUUGCUACUCUUACUGAGCUUUUGUUGGAAGAUAAUCAACUUGAAGGGCCUCUUCCUCAAAACCUUGGGAGUUUGAGUUCCUUGAAUAGACUCCUUCUUUCUGCGAACAACUUUACAGGAACAAUUCCAGAAUCAUUUGGAAAUCUAAAGAACUUAACCGAUUUUAGGAUAGAUGGGAGCCGAAUCUCAGGAAAAAUACCUACUUUUAUUGGAAAGUGGACCAAACUUGACAGACUGGAUAUGCAAGGCACGUCCAUGGAAGGCCCCAUUCCUUCCACCAUAUCUUUGCUGACAAAGUUAACUCAAUUGAGUAUAUCUGAUUUGAAUGGAUCAAGUAUGCAUUUUCCUAAAUUGGAGGAUUUGAAAAUUCUGAAAACAUUGAUUCUGAGAAAUUGCUCAAUUACCGAUUCUAUCCCUGACUACAUUGGAGAUAUGACAAAUUUAAAGAUAUUGGACCUGAGCUUUAACAAGUUGACAGGUGAAGUUCCAACAACCCUUAAAAAUCUUCCCCUUCAAUACAUGUUUUUGACCAACAAUUUACUGACUGGAGAAGUACCAAGCUGGAUAUUGCGCAACAAAUAUCACUUUGAUUUGUCUUACAACAAUUUUAGCGGAUCACCUCCAGUUGGUUGUCAACACUUAUCAGUGAAUUUAAUUUCUAGCUUUUCAUCUUCACAAAGCCCGUGGUGCUUGCAGAAGGACCUCCCUUGUUCCACAAAAGCCAAAUACUAUUCUUUGUUUAUUAAUUGUGGGGGGGGUCGGAUGAAAUUCAAUGGUAAUCAGUACGAAGAGGACUUGAGCCCUGAGGGACCGUCAGACUUCAUUUCCUCAUUUGAGAAGUGGGGUUAUAGCAGUACAGGGAUUUACAUGGGGAAGGAAAAAGCAGAUUACACAGCAACAAACACAUCACCUCUUAAUGGUUCACCAAUUUAUCAAACUGCCCGCCUUGCCCCGCUCUCACUCAAGUAUUAUGGCCUUUGCAUGCUUAAGGGUAGUUACAAAGUGCAGCUCCACUUCGCUGAAAUAAAGUAUUCAGAUAAUGACACAUUCACUGACCUCGGGCAGCGCAUAUUUGAUGUGUCAAUUCAAGGAAAUUUGGUUUUAAAGGAUUUCAAUAUUAUGAAGGAAGCAGGAGGUGCUGGUAAAGACAUCAUCGUCAAAGAAUUUAAUGACGUCCUUGUUAAUGGUAGCACUCUAGAAAUCCACUUAUACUGGAAAGGAAAAGGAACUAAGGCAAUACCUGAUAGGGGUGGCUAUGGACCUCUUAUAUCUGCAAUUACUGUGACACCAAAUUUUAAGGUUGAUACUGGCCUAUCUGCUGGAGCUAUUGCUGGCGUUGUAGUAGCAUCAUGUGUGUUGAUUGUAUUGAUUUUGGCAGUCCUUCGAUAUAUGGGUUACUUGGGGGGCAAAGACCUUGAAGAUAAAGAACUGCGUGGGCUAGAACUACAAACAGGUUAUUUCACCUUACGACAAAUUAAAGCUGCCACUGGUAACUUUGAUCCUUCAAAUAGGAUAGGUGAAGGAGGUUUUGGGCCUGUUUACAAGGGGGUACUACUAGAUGGUGCUGUAAUUGCUGUUAAGCAGCUCUCAUCUAAAUCAAAGCAAGGGAACCGUGAAUUUGUUAACGAGAUAGGCAUGAUAUCUGCUUUGCAACACCCAAAUCUCGUGAAGCUUUUUGGUUGCUGUAUCGAAGGAAACCAGUUAUUGCUUAUAUAUGAAUACAUGGAAAACAAUAGUCUUGCCCGUGCACUUUUUGGUCAUGAAGAACAACGGCUACACUUGGACUGGAAAACAAGAAAGAAGAUAUGCAUGGGGAUAGCGAGAGGGUUGGCCUAUCUUCAUGAAGAAUCAAGGUUGAAAAUUGUUCACAGGGAUAUAAAGGCAACUAAUGUCCUGCUUGAUAAGGAUCUGAAUGCCAAAAUAUCUGAUUUUGGUUUAGCUAAGCUGGAUGAAGAAGAGAACACACAUAUCAGCACUCGAAUAGCUGGAACAAUAGGCUAUAUGGCACCUGAAUACGCAAUGAGGGGAUACUUGACUGACAAAGCAGAUGUGUACAGUUUUGGUAUUGUUGCCUUAGAAAUAGUCAGUGGAAAGAGCAACACAAAUUACAGACCAAAGGAGGAGUACGUGUAUCUCCUUGAUUGGGCCUAUGUCCUACAAGAGCAAGGAAAUAUGUUAGAACUUGUGGAUCCAGAUCUUGGUUCAAACUACUCCAAAGAAGAGGCGAUGACAAUGCUUAACUUGGCGCUCUUAUGCACCAAUCCAUCUCCCACUCUCAGACCACCCAUGUCAUCUGUCGUAAGCAUGCUUGAAGGUAAAAGUCCGAUUCAAGCACCGUUAAUCAAGCGCGACACGAUGGAGCAGGAUGCGAGGUUCAAAGCCUUUGAGAGACUAUCACAAGACAGCCAAACACAGGUUUCAACUUUCUCGCAAGAUAGUCUUGUAAGAGGAACAUCAAUGGAAGGUCCAUCGAUUGAUUCUUCGGUUUCUCUCGCUAGUAAGGAUGAGUCCCAUGAACAUCCUUCAACAAGCCUACUAAAGGAUCUGUAUGAUGUAAACUUACAGUGAAGACAUGUUUAGUAAAGGUGAACGAUUUGAAACACUCUUUC